AUGGACGCAGUGGAGACAUUCUUAACACCCGGCGGCAGUUUCUUCACCAGACUCUGGUGCUUCUUCCAAACUGGUCCAGUCAUCAUUUCCUUCUCCACCUUCGGUGCCGCCUCCAAAGCAGACCCCGAAGUCUUGAUGUACGCCCGUGCCAUGCACGCAGACCUAGCACCAGGCCGAAAACUGGGUGUUGCUGGAUUCUGCUGGGGAGGGUAUGGAAGUACCAACUUGUGCACGGAGAAGGCCACCGAAGGCGGUAGCGAACCGUUGAUCGAUGCUCAGUUCAACGGCCAUCCCAGCCAGCUCAAGACACCUGAUAUGAUAGUUGACGCGAUUGCGGCCAAAGUGCCUUAG